AUGUUCAGAUCAGGAUUUCGUUUUUGCACAGCUGCUGCACCCUCUCGUGCCGUUGUGGCCUCUCUUGCCAGAUACUCUGUUCGCAGAACCCCUAUGCUUCACAUUCCGUGCGUUUCCCCGGUGUUUCGCAGAGGAUAUGCCAUUUCAACAACUGGUGAUCAUGUCGAGCAAAUCAUCGACCAAUUGUCUGACAACGAAUACUCGCAAAUUGCCAACGAGUACUUGGAAACAUUGAGUGAUGAGCUUGAGAUGCUCGCUGAGGAUUAUCCCCAGGUGGAUGCCGAGCUUUCGCUGGGAGUCAUGACUCUCUCUGUGGGUGAGGGAAAGACAUAUGUGAUCAAUAAGCAGCCGCCAAAUAAGCAGAUCUGGCUCAGUAGCCCGAUAAGCGGGCCAAAGCGGUAUGACUUGAUUGGUGGGAAAUGGAUCACGUUGCGUGAUAACACUGCAUUGACGGAUUUGCUUGAGGAGGAGUUGCUGGAGGAACUCGGGACGAAGGUUGUAUUGGAGCUUGAGAAUUAG